AUGGCCCCCACCAAGAAAUCAAAAGCCGCGAAGUCCACCGAGUCCAUCGCCGCCAGGCUCGCGCUCGUCGUCAAGUCGGGUCAGUACACCCUGGGCUACAAGUCGGCACUGAAGCAGAUGCGCAACGGCAAAGCUAAGCUCGUGCUGAUCGCUGGCAACUGCCCUCCUCUCCGCAAGUCCGAGCUUGAGUACUAUGCCAUGCUUUCCAAAACCACUGUACACCACUUCGCUGGUACCAAUGUAGCCCUUGGAACCGCUGCCGGAAAGCUCUUCCGUGUCGGUGUCAUGACUGUCAGCGACCAGGGAGAUUCCGAUCUCCUCAACUUCGCUGAGGGUAAUGCUGCUUAA